CUUCCUGGCCAUGCGGGCUGAGAACUCGCUUUUGGACAAACAAAGACGAGCUUCCCAAGAGAGCUAGGAGGAGGGACCACCUUGCGGGGCUGUUCCUGCACGUGGAGCGCAGCCCGGCCCAGCAAGCCCCUCUGCCGGUCCCGUGAUGGGCAGGCUCCUGCGCCUUUAAAUCCCCCGGCAGGUUGGAGGGCUCCUGACGUCACUGCUCCCCUGGGCUGCAGGAGGGAGCUGAGCAUCCUCGCGAAGGAUGGAGCCCGCGCCGCCGCCGCCGCCAAGCAGCAGCACCCGGAGGCAGGGGCUACCCAGGGCCAGGUCAGCCUCGCAGGCGGGGGCGGUGGAGCUCAGCAGCCGCCACCAGAUGGAGCCAAAUCAUCACGGCAACCUGGACCAAGGCCCGUCCUCCCCGGUUGGAACUCAGCCUGUGUCGCCCCGGGGCAGCAUUGUGGGAUUGGUAUCACCUGGUUUGUUCCCCAACCAGCUCAGCUCAGACGGAACUAUUCGGUAUCAGCCUGAAGGAUCCAGUGGCUCCAUCAAUACUGUGUACAGUGGAGGGAAUGUUCCUCGUGGGACUAGGCCUGACUCCCUCUUUGACCCUUCCCAUGUGCGGUCACAACCUGAAGGAUCUCGCCACUCAGGGCUUGAGGAGAGGGCUGGUGGCAGGCAAAUCCAGCCUCUCUCCUUGGAUACUAGCCGAGCUCCGCCAGAGGGCUCUGGGGGGACCCAGAUGUUUAACACACCAAGUUUACGAUCUCCAGUAGAACUGCGUCCACUUUCUCCAGCCUCUGGCAGUUCCUCUUCCCAUUCCAGCGUGUCCCCGUCUAUGAAACUUAGCCAGUCACCCAGUCGUGGCAUUAUGCCUGGACUCUGCGCCUUGGACCCGAUGACCUCUGCCAUCUUGGCCACCGUGGAACUAAAAGACAGCCUCACCAAGGCCGAAUCUAGUGAUCACAUCUGCCUGAACCGGACUGGCUCAUCCCACAGACCUAUGUCUCUCCCCAAAGCUGUCUCUAGUGAGUACAUUUCAGGUGGAAGGGUUGCCCCUUCAAAGUCAUCUAUGCUGUCCAAGGCUGAGUCAGAGGAAUUCAUCUCAUAUGGGAGGACAGGGCACACCUCCAAAUCGCUGGAUGUGAGCAGCAGCAACAUUAAUGCCAAAGAAAGUCUUCUGGGAAGAUGGAACAAGCCCCAAACCAAGGCAGUCAAUGAGUUUCGCAUCACUGUGGUAACCUGGAAUGUUGGCACAGCCAUGCCUCCAAAUGAUGUGACAUCCCUCCUGCACCUCAACACAGGGGAUUCCAAUGACACCGACAUGAUUGCCAUUGGGCUGCAGGAGGUAAAUUCCAUGAUCAACAAGCGACUGAAGGAUGCCCUCUUCACCGACCAGUGGAGCGAACUGUUCAUGGACGUGCUGAGCCCAUUUAAUUUUGUACUGGUGAGUACGGUGCGGAUGCAAGGGGUCAUCCUAAUGGUCUUCUCCAAAUAUUACCACCUGCCCUUUCUACAGGACAUCCAGACAGACUGCACAAGGACAGGACUGGGUGGCUAUUGGGGCAACAAGGGAGGAGUGAGCGUGCGCCUCUCCACCUUUGGUCAUAUGAUCUGCUUCCUGAACUGCCACCUGCCGGCACACAUGGAAAAAGCGGAGCAGCGCAAGGAAGAUUUUACCACCAUCCUCAACUUGCAACAGUUUGAAGGGCCAUCAGCCAGUGGAAUUCUUGACCAUGACAUUGUUUUCUGGUUUGGGGACCUCAACUUCCGCAUUGAGACCUUGGACAUCCGCUUUGUGAAAUAUGCUAUUGACAACAACAUCCUUCACCAGCUCUGGGAGAAAGACCAGCUGAACAUUGCAAAGAGCACAUGGCCCAUUCUGAAAGGUUUCCAAGAAGGAUCCUUGAACUUCCCUCCAACCUUUAAGUUUGAUGUGGGAACCAACAUGUAUGACACCAGUGCCAAAAAACGGAAGCCAGCUUGGACGGACCGCAUCCUGUGGAAGAUUAAAGGCUUCAGCAACCCAACACAUUCUGGAAGGACCAGCUGUGGUGUCCCGUCUGUGUCCCAGCUGUGCUACUGCAGUCACAUGGAGUACACAGUGAGUGACCACAAGCCCGUGGUCUCCAUCUUUGCUGUGCAAUUUGGUUCUAGGAUUGAUGUGCCCUUGGUGGAGAUUCAGGUCUCGGAUGAGUGGACAAAGCCAGAUCAAGCCGUCAUCUGGUAUAAGACCUCUCCGACUUACCACCGCAGCUCCUGGGACUGGGUUGCUCUGUAUCGGGUGGGCUUUCGACAUUAUAAGGACUACAUUGCCUAUGUGUGGGCAAAGCAGGAGGACACCGAGACUAACAUUUACCAGUUAAUGUUUCCAGAGGAGUCUUUGCCUAAAGGAAAAGGGGAAUAUAUCUUGGGCUACUAUAGCAACAACUACAGCAGUAUGGUGGGUGUGACAGAGCCCUUCCAGAUUUCACUGCCCACCUUGGAGCAGGUCAGCAGUGCCACUGAUAGUUCAACCGCGACUUCUGAAGAGGAGGAUGACAGCACCCUGGUGCUUCUCGGUCCUAAGUCCCGCAGCCCCAGUCCUGGGAAGAUGAAACGCCACCGUAGCCGCAGCCCCAGCCUGGCCAAGUUUCAGGAAAUGAUCCUGGGGACAUCCAGCCGUGACCAGGGUGCCAGCCGCAGCCCAUCCCCCCAGGGUCGCCGCUUCAGCAGCAUCUUGAAGGCAGACAUUCCCAGCAUCCAAUUCUCUAAGGACAGCUCCAGGCAACGUUCAAAGUCACGGGAGAUGGCGCCAAACACGGAGAGCAGUUCAGGUUCUGGGCUUCAGGCGGCCUGGCGCUUUGAUGACAACCCCCUGGCGAGGGCCGACCCCCGCAACCUGGGCCUGCUACCAGCUGUGCGCUUGGAGACUAUUGACCAAGUCAUGGCUCACCGUCGGGAGAGCGCUGACCAGGGCCCACCUUCCCGCAGAAUGAGCCCCACUAGUCCCACGGCAGCUCUGUCUAAUCUUUUUAGUACCUCCCCAAGUGAGGAGGAAUUCCUGGAUCCCCAAGAUCCCAACAACCACUGUAGAGAUGUGGGACUCUGAGAGGACAGAACCAGACCAGCCAUUGUGAGUCCACUGUAAAACCAUCCUGUGUAGCGAGCUUGCAGUAUUACUUCCUCGUGUCCUCGCCAGCCAGUGCUCCACUGUGUGUGAUCUGUGUCCCCUGGUGUGAUGCAAGGCCCUUCCAGUCUGGGAGGCGCUGCCACUUGUGAGGCUCUGCCUCCUGACUCCGUUCGCCUGAUAGUCACCCUGCCCUUCAUAAGGGGCUGUACGUUGUGAACAAAAGGCCUCUUCCUUUCGGUUCUUUACCGUCUAUCAGUCAUGCAGCCUUAAAUCCCCACACGAUGUUCUCCUUUGGCAAGUCCCCACCCAGUGAAGACCUAGUUUAGCUUUGAGACAAGACCUAUCCUCCCAGAGGACUAUUUUCUACUCUCAAACCACAUCAAUGUGCGGAUGAGGGUGACAGCUUUUCUCUGAAAGCCUAGAGCAAGUGUUAAUCAGUUUGGCUGGAGAUAGUUGUUACAACACAAGCUGCAGCUAUAGAGAGGGGCUGACUAGAACCCACUCCACAGCUUCAUUUGGGAGGAAGUGCUUGAAGAGGGGGUGCUGCUUUCAACUGGGUGAAAAAGAUUUGGGGGGCUUGACAGCCAAAGCUGGUGCCACUCAGGGUUAUGGCACAGCUUGCUUCCAGAGAGCUGCAGGAUCAAACCGACAGGGUGCAGCAAGAGUGAGAGCUGAAAGCAGGCAGAAGCAGGAGAGGCCUACACUGAUGAACAGGAAGCAGGCCGCUUUACUGUUGCCAAGGCAACAGUUGCGCUGGCUAUACAGCCAGUUUGGGCAGGAAUGGUGGUGGUGGUGGUAUUCUUAUGAGUUUGGUGCUGAGUACCCAAUGGGCAGUUUUUGGUGGAGGAGAUGAGGUGGAUGCAAUGUAGAGUGGACCCCAUGGGGGCUGUAGGAGCAAAAAGAGUGGCUCUCUUUGUCUACUGUUUUGGACCAAAUAUGGCUUUGGGGGUUCAGAAGCUUAAAGGAACCGGGGCCAGUUUGAUUCUCUGGGCAUUGCUAGGCCAAUGAUGCCAUGUACCCAAGGACAAAGAAAGCUGCCCAGGAAACUGGGGGGAGGAAGGGGGGGCUGGUCUCCCCAUAGGCAGAUCUAUGACCUUCGCUGGGACGAAUUCAGAGCUGAUGCAAUCUGUCCUACCUCUUUCUCCCUCCUUUCCAAUAAAUCAUCUACGAACUCACACAA